GGCCCGGUGGGAGAAUUUGCCUUCUCCGUAUCAACUUUUCCUCCACUCUCCACCCAGUCUCCGUGCCUCGCCUAUCCUGACUCAACAAACCACGUUACGUACCGGGUAUAGACGAAAGUGACAAGACAAAAGACCUUCCCAAACAUCAAACCAUAAUGGACGCCAUCAGCCCCGCCAUGGACCAUAGUCCAUUGGAAAAGAAGAACGACGCUUUCGGGACUCUGGAACCACCAGUGCUUGCCCCAUCCUCUGACGAUGAAGUCGGAGAAGUGCGUCCUACCAAUGUGGACUACGAAAAGCAGAAAGCAGCUGAGGGCGAGGCUCAUUUUCACCGGCUUGGCUGGAAACGCCUCACCAUUGUGCUGAUCGUGACCGCUGUUGCCCUCGGUGCUCUCAGUCUUCCGGGUGCCUUUGCGACCCUGGGCAUGGUGGCCGGUGUCAUCCUCACCGUUGGAAUCGGUCUGGUCGCCAUGUACGGCAGCUAUGUCAUCGGCCAGAUGAAGCUGAAAUACCCGCACAUCUCGCACUAUGGAGAGGCCGGCGGGAUGAUGUUUGGCAAGUUCGGAUACGAGCUCGUCAGCAUUAUGUUUGUCCUGCAGCUCCUAUUCACGACCGGCUCCCACGUCCUGACGGGCGCGAUCAUGUUCGGCAACUUGUCAAACAACGGCGCGUGCACAGUCGUCUUCACGGUGGUCUCUGCCAUCGUGUUGUUCCUGGUCGCGAUCCCACCCAGCUUUUCCGAGAUGGCCAUCCUCGGCUACAUCGACUUCGCGUCAAUCAUCGCCGCAAUCUUCAUCACCAUCGUCGCCACUGGUAUCCGCGCCGGUGAAUCGGUCGGCGGUCUCUCGUCUGUGGCGUGGAGUGUAUGGCCGAAGGAAGAUCUCUCCCUGGCCGAAGCCGUCAUUGCCAUUAGCAACAUCGUGUUUGCUUACAGCUUUGCGCUAUGCCAGUUCAGUUUCAUGGACGAGAUGCACACGCCCAGGGACUUCAGCAAGUCCAUUGUGGCGCUAGGCGUAUUUGAGAUCAUCCUCUACACCAUCACCGGCGCCCUGAUCUACGCCUUCGUCGGCCCAAGCGUUGCGUCGCCAGCCCUCCUAUCUGCUGGCCCUCUCGUCUCCAAGAUCGCCUUCGGAAUCGCAAUCCCGGUCAUCUUCAUCUCUGGCAGCAUCAACACCACGGUUGUAGCGCGCUACAUCCACGGACGGGUGUACAAGAACUCCAUUACACGCUACAUCAACACGCCCACGGGCUGGGCGACAUGGAUCGCCCUGGUCGCCGCCCUCACACUGGCCUCGUGGGUCAUUGCCAGCGCCAUCCCUUUCUUCUCGGAUCUGCUGUCCAUCACCUCGUCGCUCUUCGUCUCGGGCUUCACCUUCUACUUCCCGGCAAUCAUGUGGUUCAUGUUUAUCAAGGAAGGAAGCUGGUACGAGGGCCGGAAUCUGAUCCUCUCGGCUGCCAACGUCCUCUCGUUUGCUGUUGGUAUGAUCAUGCUCGGCGUUGGGACAUACGCAAGUGUUUGGGAUAUUAAACAUCGGUACGAGGUCGGGUCAGUCUCAGACCCAUUCAGCUGUGCGCCUCUCGCAUGAUGCAGCGACGACGGCCC